AUGUCUCGAAAUCAUAUUAACCAUAUAUUGCAGCUAUCCGUAGAGGAAAGCAAGCGUUUUGUAGAUUCCUUUGAGACUGUGUUGCUGGAUUGUGACGGCGUACUUUGGACGAUAUUCGAUUCGAUCGAUGGCGCGAGGACAGCUCUGGAGCUCUUUCAGACACACGGCAAACGGAUCAAACUCAUCACGAACAACAGCGUCCGAUCAUUUGCCAGCUACCGGCAGCAAAUGGCCGAGCUGGGGUUUGAUCUGCAAGAGUCGGACAUUAUACACCCGGCCAGAUCAGUGGUUCAAUACCUUCGUAGGUGCAACUUUGAUGGACUGAUUUACUGCCUGGGGACGGAACACUUUAAAUCCACACUACGCCAGGCCGGAUUUCAGCUAAUUGAUGGCCCAACACAACCGGUACCCGAAUCGUUUCAUCAAAUAUUAGCCACCGUGCAUGAUGGGGCCGAAGUGAAAGCGAUCGUGAUUGAUGUGGACUUUAACGCCAGUUAUCCCAAACUAAUGAGGGCGGAAAUGUACUUGAAACAGAACACAGACUGUGUGCUGAUUGCCGGUGCGUCCGACAGGACGAUCCACGUGAAGCCUGACUGCAACGUGAUUGGUCCUGGGUGGUUUGUGGAAAUUUUGGAGAAAACCGCUGGCCGGCGAGCGGUUAUGCUUGGUAAACCCGGUUAUCAUCUGCGCGCUGGUGUUCUGCAGGAGUGCGGUGUAGAGCAACCUUCCAAAACAUUGCUCAUUGGGGACAUGCUUGAGCAGGAUAUGGCGUUUGCAUCGUUGUGCGGAUUUCAAAAGCUGCUGGUUCUCUCAGGUGUUACCACAAAACAGCAAAUGCAACUUGCGAAACAUACUGCAGAAGAACCCGAUUAUUACGCGGAUAGCAUUAAAGAUUUUGCCGCGUUGUUCGAAAAAAUAAAUGCUUUUUAA